AACAAACAUUGCCAUGACUCCUGUAACACAUCCACCCUCAAUGCUCCACUGGGCUCUGCGGUGCUCCUGUCAUGCAGCUUUGGGUCCACCUCUCUGGGCAUCAGCCCUGGCCAUGGCUGGGUGGUGUGGAACCAGGGCUCUGGUUCUGGUGCCAGCCUGGUCAACAUCACGUCCUCUGGGAAGGUUGAUGCCUCCUUCAGUUGUCUGCGUAUCAUGUACAAUACUAGCCUUCUAAUUUGUUUUGAGAUUUUAGCCUUUUUAAAGCAUUUUUUAACCUUAUUUUGUCAUUUCUGCAUGUAAUGAAAAGCGCUAUUCAAAUAAUAUGUAUUAAUUUAUAAAUAAAAUAUUAAUGUAUUAUUAUCAGGUGGACUUUCUGGACCCCAGGCAGGGCAGAGUGAAGGCUUUCCCCAAUCAGGGAGGUCUGGGGAACUUCUCCAUCCUAAUCGAUGCCCUUCAAGCCUCAGACCUGGGCUCCUACUGCUGUGAGCUGCAGAGUCAUGACCAGUGCCAUUGAGUGGAAGUUGAGGAACUUGAAGAAGGUAACACAAUGCUAGUAUCUACAGUAGUAUUUUGUUCCAAUGGCUCAGUUGGUUGGAGAACGGUGCUUGUAACAACACCUGAGUUGUAGGUUUGAUUCCUACUUGCAACCUCAACAGAAUAAUAUUUAUUUUUUUCUCCCCAAUUGGUAGUUAGUCUUGUCCCAUCGCUGCAACUCCCGUACGGACUCGGGAGAGGCGAAGGUCGAGUGCCAUGCGUCCUCCGAAACAUGACCCCACCAAGCCACACUGCUUCUUGACUCACUGCUCACAUAACCCGGAAGCCAGCUGCACCAAUGUGUCGUAGGAAACAAAGUACAGCUGGCAACCGAAGUCAGCGUGCAUGCGCCCGGCCCUCCACAAGGAGUUGCUAGAGCGCGAUGGGACAAGGACAUCCCAGCCGGCUAAACCCUCCCGUAACCCGACGAUGCUGGGCCAAUUGUGCACCGCCUCAUGGGUCUCCCGGUCACGGCCGGCUGCGACACAGCCCGGGAUCGAACCCGGGUCUGUAGUGACGCCUCUAGCACUGCGAUGCAGUGCCUUAGAACGCUGCACCACUCGGGAGGCCCUGUCAACAGAAUAUUUGUAUCAAGAGAAAGUCACUUUAUUGGUUACAUUAGAACAAUAAUCUCUUAUACUGUUGUAUCCGAAAGUAUAGGACCCUUUCAAGUCACCAGUAAUGAGUCAAAAUAAUUGGUGCAAGUUUCAUACUGUAUAUGCAAACUGCAGCGAUGCACUCUGUAUACACAGCAUGUGGUCGGUUUUUCCUUCCACGGUCACUUUCUGUAAAGGCCAACCCAUUUCUGGUCGGUUUAGACUCAGCAGCCCUCUCGCUUAAUGUUUCCUGUAAGAUACAUGUAAAUAAAACCUCCUCUUUACUUGUCUAGGUUCACACAUCGUGUUGUUUUUCAGCGUCGGUGGUGUAGCCAUCCUCAUAGUGCUCCUGAGUGGCUGUUUCUGCUGGGUGAAAUGGACACGUGAGCACCUCCAUGUUCCUCUAUCUGACUCACUCAGUCUUACUUCUGCUUUGGAAUGAUAUGGAUGAAGCAGCUAGCAUGGCAUACUGCACACUAUAUAGUAUGCUACACCGAGUACAUCAACAGUUAUUUGGGCUAAUCCGAAUCUUCCUAUGAGCAUUAAGCAGCAUCCUUUCUUUCUGAUGUAAAUGUUAUGAUGUUGAUUGUGCAACUUUGCAAGCUGCUUCCAUGUCAGUUAUGUAGCUACAUAUCCUACUGAAAAUAUGCACAUUGCACACUUUAAACAGGCCUAUAGGCAUGUCUUAAUGCCACCCAGUAUGCGCUGUAGAAAGAGGAACUGCAUGGAUGCAGUUGUGGAACAUUUCAAAAUAGCCUAAAAUGUUUGUGAAAUGUGAUGUACUUGUACUUUCAAUAAAUACAUAAUGCCUGAAAAAGUAAUAAUCUUGUAGAAGUGCCUUUUCUUGUUUUAGGAGUUUCUAGUGAAAGAACACCAGACUAUAUCAACACCCAUUUCUAUGCAGGUUGGGACUCUAUGCUCUUGUUCUAAUCCUAAUGUUAAUUUUAAUUUAUUUGCGAAAGAGAAUGUAUUACCACUAUUGCAUUUGAGCACCCCUUUCAAAUCUGAUUAAACAUGAAAUUAAUGUAGAACUCUGUAUAAUAUAAAAAUAAUAAAAAACACGCGCGCACACAGUGUCUUAUGAUGUCCAUGUGGUUAAGAUUAUGCAACAUUACAACAUCACUCUAUAAUUACUAAACAAGACCACAGUACAAUGUCAUGUUGCAUUUACAGACUGAUGCUCACAUAUGGUUUUGUCUUACUUUAGGAGCCGGCAAUGAGGGACCGAUCCACGGUACGUUUAUGCUUCUAUAUUUACCAUUUUCAUUCAAUGGACUGGAAUGGAAUUGUAAAGUUUUCUUUUCUACAUGGACCUAGUUUGAACUGUUCUCUUCCCUCCUUUCAACAGAAAAAAAUGAGCACGAUCCAACCAGAAUGCAGUAUGAUCCGACCAGAAUUCUCCAUGAUCCAACCACAAUUCAGCAUGAUCCGACCAGAAUUCUGCAUGAUCCAACCACAUUUCAGUAUGAUCCAUCCAGAAUUCAACAUGAAGCACCAAGAAACCAGCACGAACCAGCUAGAUACCAAAAUAAAGUGAGAGAAUCAAGUGAGAAAAGAAGACAGGGUCUUCAUAGAGGUGAGCUAUAUGUAACAUACAGUAGACAUUCUAUAACCAUUGUCCCUUGUUCAAUGAUACCAAUAUUUUCAUCCCCGCUUGGUAUGCAUGUUGAAUUCAGAAGUAACUGAACUUUAUGGACUUUCCUUCCCCAGAACUCAUGAGCAGAUUGUGCCAAUCAAGUCUUGGACGGCAUUACUAUGGUAAAGUCAGAGCUUUGUAAUGAGCAAUUUACAAUAUCAGCUUGCAGUGAUCCUUAUAUGAAUUACAUUGACUUGUCGUGAACUCUGACAGCAAACCAAGCCGAGAUCAGCCAGCAAGCCAGAGCUCAGAUGCACAACCGCCAAAGAGCAAACGAAGCAGAGACCAACCAGGAGGGCAGAUCUCAAAUGGACAACCACCAAAGA